AUGCAAAAUCAAACAGCGGUUUUAUCAGACUCUUCUGACGCAUCCGAUAUUAACAAUAUCAAAGCUCCAAACGUAUUCAUAUCUCCACAUUUCAGGACAAGGACAAAUACAGCACGCUUGUCAUUCAAAGAUUUUCAAAAGAAAGAUAAUCCACCAAAUUUGUCCGCUGCUCAAAACCCUAUCCUAUGCGAUUCACUCACUCCAACAUUUGCAAAUUUAUUUUUCAAGAAAUUUGGAAACAAGUCAAAUGAAAUUACAAAUGAAUCUACUACACUUAGUGCAGAAAGAAUUGUAGAAAAAGAAAAGUUAAACAAUGUUACCUUAAAUAAAGCAAAGUCCUUAUAUCAUGAAAAAACAGCGGAAUCCUUUAAUAAUGAGCCUUCAAUUCAAGAAAAUACUUCAGAUAAAGAAACUUGCGCUGAUUCUAAUAAUUCUUCACUUCAAUCUCCAGAACUGUCCUCACAGCGAACAUCUUUUCUGGCCGAGAAUAAAAUUUUAGCUCACAAUCUAAAUUCUGACACUUACUUAGAUCAGACAUCAUCAUCCUUAUCGAAAAAUGAUUACCCUCAGACGGAUAUUGAUGAAAUAUUAAUAGAAGAUAAUACCGAGAUAUCUAAAGAAAACGACAAAGAUAACGUUGAAGGAUCACUUUCCUUAAAUAAAAAUAAUUCAGAUAAUUUUCUUUUUUCUCGAAAACUUUCUUGCAAUUCUGAAAUGAAGGAUAAUUUGAAUGAUGAUAAUGAGUUAAAUCUAACAAUUGGAACUAUUCAAAGAUGGAAAGAUGAAGUGAUGAGAAGGGAUUGUCUUAUAGAAGAUCUGCGUAAUCAGAUUGCUACGCUUCGCGAUACUUUAGAACGUAAAAAAAAAUCUUUAUUCAAUUAUCGCGAACGUAUGCUUCUUGUGGAGUCAAUAAUUAAACAGAAACAAAUUAAUACCGAACGUAAUCGAGAAAGAAUCGAUAAUAUCAAGUUAAAGUAUUCAUUGUUUAAUAACUUACUCUAUAAUAUGGGCAAUAAUAUGGAGAAAAUAUGUAAUCAUAAAGAAAGAAUAGAAGGAGAGUUUGAAUCAAUGAAAUCAGACUUUAGUAAGUUAACUAUUAAAUAUAAGUCAACUUUAGAUAAUAGUGUUGCAACUUCUCAAGCACAACAAGAUCAACUUGUACAAAUUACUGAAUUUAACUCAAAACUUAUCGAAGCAAAUGCACAGCUCACGGAUAUUAUAACUCGAUUACGUCAAGAAAUACAAGAUACAGAUAGUAAAGCUUCAAACUAUUCAUCCGAACUUGAUAGUAUUUUAAACCAAUUAUUGAGUGAGGUUGAGAAUGAAGAAUUUAAAGAUAAUCGAAGUUUGAUAAAGUCAAAUUACGAAAACGAGGAAAAAAUUGCUUCUCUGACAAUCAAUAAAAUUGAACGGAAAAUUGAGUCUAUUCGAUCGGAAGUUACUCAACUGAAUCUAAUAAUUAAGGAGAAAGAUGAACGUAUAGCUCAUUUAGAUGUAGCUGAAAAGGAAAGGGAUGACUUUAAAGUAAAAAUUAUUCAAGCAAAGGAAUUAAUGAAAAAGGAUCGCGAUUCACUCAAGCAAGAAAUGGAAAUCAUGCGUGCUCAACAUGAAUCUGAUCUUAAGCGGGUUGAAUCAGAAUUUUGUAGGGACCGUUAUAAAUUACAGAAUGAUUUUCACAAAGAACGUUCUCAACUUGAGGCUGAAUGGCGCGAAGAACGCCUUCGACUAGAAUCAGAACGUCAUGAAGAACGUAAUCAUCGUUUACGUUUAGAAGAUGAAUAUCGGGAUGAAAGGUCAGAACGCCUUAGGAUUGAAACUGAAUUAAGAAGCUCUGAACGAAAAGUAGAAGAAAUGUCCAAGACGAACAAUAAUGACAAUUUAAGGAUUGCACAAUUAGAAUCCCAAUUAAAUAAAAUGGAUUUUUGUCAACCAGAAAUUUCUACUGUCGCUGUCGGAACUGCUGAUAUACAAGAUUUAGAUCUUCAAAUUCAACAUAAUAAAAUUUCCAAGUCCAGUUCACUCGAGUCACAGCUGAUUUCAUCGAACUCGAUGUAUAAUAAAUUACGUGAACACAACAAAACCCUUGUUGAGAUUAGCGACAGUUAUCUGCAGAACAAAGAAGCAGUGGAUCAAGCACUUAAUCGCACCACUAAUUAUUAUCAAGACAUAGCUAAAAAAAUUGCUGUAGAACAUGAAAAUGAAAUUCGAAAGCGUGAUUGCAAAAUCGGUGAGAUUGAAACGAAAGAAGUAUCUUUAUUAGAAGAAAUCCAAAUGUUAAAGUCCAAACUAUUAAAAAUGGAGGACAGCAAUAAAUCUUUACAAAACCAAAUAAAUGAAAUAAAUGUAGAAAAUGAAGACUCUAAUUCUAAGAAAAACGAACAUCCAUCUGAAGACGCAACUGCUUGUGUUUUGAAACCAAUUUCUAAUAUUGAAGAUUCGAGAUUUGAUCUACAUCCUCAUAAACUUUUAACAUUAACUGAAAUUGAUUCAAUGAUCUUGGAAUCUACGUCAAGAAAUACAUAUAGACACACUAACAUAAAUACCCAAUCGAAAGAUGACGAUAUUCAAAAAAUACAAGAACUUAAUAAUGAUAAAAACAUACAGUAUAUGAGAUCAAAUUCUAAUCUAACGGAAACUGAGCGCAUUGUCGAAAAUGUUACUAUUCAAGCGGGAUAUAGCAAUAAUAAUAUAUAUGAUACUCUUCAAAGUUCUAAUGAUGCAAGAGACAUAGAUGACUGGUUGUCUCCGAGUUCUAAUUUGAGAUCCAAACGAAGAAAGACGGGUUGUUCGGAAAGUGCCGAUAAACACGUAGGACGAUUACAUGUCCCAUCAACAAACACUUCUAUGAUCUUAGGUGUGAAAGAAGUAUCAAAGUUGGAGACACGAUUGAGAGGUAAAUCGAAAGCUGGACGUAGAACCAAUGAAAAAGAAUAA